CCCAGAAACAAGCUAAUGAAGGGUGAAAUAGAAACCUCCCACCCUGGCCUGCAGAAACCUGCGGCUGUGGAGGAGCUGCCGGACCCCCGAGCGCCUCUCCCGGUAGCGGGAGCGGAGCGCCCGGGGCAGCGAUGCCGCUCCCUGCGCGCCUCCCGCGGGCGCGGCGGCCCCGCGGCUCCGGCCGGAGCCCGCCAGAGCCCGGCCAAGCGGCGGGCGGAGCCGCCGGAGGUGCCACCGCCCGGCCAGGGCGCCCCGCCCGGCCCGGCCCGGCCCGGCCCCGCGGCGCUGCAGCCGAGCCCCGGGCAGCCGAGCCCCGCCGAGCCGGCUGCGCCCCGGGCCCGCCCGCUCCCCCGCGGAGCACGGCCCGGCCCGGCCAUGGAGCGGCGGCAGGACUCUGGAGAUAGUAUUUCUGAACGACAGGAAUGGAGACCAGUCACUUACAGAAAGUGCACAGACACUCUCUGGCUGCUCCUCUUCUGUCUUUUCUGGGCUGGUUUGAUGUUUAUAAGUGGCUAUGCUGUGGUGGCUGGUGCUGCAGAAAGGCUUGUGCUUGGAUAUGACAGCUUUGGGAACAUAUGUGGUCGAAAGAACACUCCUGUAGAAGGGGCAAAUCUUUCUGGAUUGGACAUGACUAAUAAAAAGUAUGUGUUCUUUCUGAAUUCAUGCAGCCUGGAAAUACAAAGCCUCAAAAUCAGUUCACUUUCCUUGUGCGUGUCAAGUUGUCCACAACAGCAACUCAACUCUUUGGAAGAUCUCCAGAGUUUUGCAAGGAAUAAUGGUUCUUUUCUUUGUGUUUACAACCUGAAUGUUUCCAGUUACACACUAAAUCCAAAGGCAGCUCAACUGUGUCCCACACUGCCAGUUCCACCAAGUAAGUCCUUUCCAUUGUUUAAUCGAUGUGUUCCACAAAAUCCUGAAUGCUAUUCCAAAUAUUCAUCUGUCCUAAUAAGUAUGGUUAAUGAAAUGGAUGUUUUUCACCGAAUUCUGAGUGGAAUAUUGGCAGGAAGAGAUACUGUGAUAGGACUGAGUGUCCUUGCACUAGCCUUCUCUUUGGUACUGGUUUUAGCCUUCAGAUUCAUUCAGACCGUCCUCGUCCAUACUCUGAUUGCACUGGUUGUAUUUGGGUUGUUGUUUGUCUCAGGUGUUCUCUGGUGGCUCCACUACGACUACAGGAAUGAUCCCAGCACUGAACUGGAAACAGAAAAGGAAAAUGUGAAGUUCCUUCUUGGAUAUGCCAUCUUCUCAACAAUAGUUACUGUUAUUCUGCUCUCCCUUAUAUUUGUACUAAGAAAGAGGCUUCAGUUUGCUGUACAACUCUUUCGAAUUGUUGGUAAAAUCAUUGGCAGAAUUCCUUUCCUCCUCUUCCAACCACUCUGGACCUUUCUGAUUCUCAUUGUGUUCUGGGUAUUUUGGGUUGCUGUACUACUUAGCUUAGGAACUGCAGGUACUGCACAGUCCACUUCAGGAGGACAAGUGGAAUACAGAGCUCUGUCUGGAAUUUGCUACAUGGCAUGGUAUCAUUUCAUUGGCCUUAUCUGGACUAGUGAAUUCAUUCUUGCCUGUCAGCAGAUGGUGAUUGCUGGGGCAGUGGUUACUUGUUAUUUCAACAGGAACUGCUGUAAAAGGCUCAUUUCUAAUCACAAUACUGAGAAUACCAAGGAUUGUUCUCCUGUACCUUUACAAUAUUCUAAACCAAAAGAAGAAUGCAAAGCACCUGUUCAACUGCUGUUGCUGCUGGGUUUGCUUCCAGAAAAGUUGCCUAAGAUGCUUCAACCAGAUGAGAAACAGGUGCUGGAGGAAGUAACCCUGGUGCCAGAACGCAAGCUUCUUUCUUCCCAGGCAGAAUCACCCAAGUGCUCCACUAUGUUAUCUGAGAGUACCUUUCAGGCUGCAGUACCGUCCCGCAUGUGGGAUGUAAUCCUGACUUCAGUAGUUGCACGUAUCCCUGAAGUGACUCAUUCUCUGCAGGCUCAGUUAAGUUUUGUUGAGUUCUCCUGGAAGUGAACUGGAACAUGCCAAAGAAUUACCCUGUCAUCUUCCCGUCAUGACAGAGAGCUGUGCUCGAUGCUGGCAGUUGUCAUGUUUGCAGGGGUGGUUGUUGGAGAAGAGAUAGUGUUAGCCCAGUGUCCUGUGCAGAUUGCAAAAUGCACAAUUACAUUCAGCCUUCCUAAAUUUCUCCUGGAUUUGCAACUGGAUCCUGUGCUAAACUGUGGUGUAGUGUUGCUAUGUGCUGUUAAACAGUUCACUGCUUAAGCUGUUCCACUUCAGUCAUGGGCAAAGUGAUUCAUGUGUGUGUAUAAUCCAUUAGCAACAAUUGUAAAGCACUCUGGGUUCUGUGGCUGAAAAGUGCUUUGUGAAUAUAAAGUCACUAUCCUUACUUGACAGUUCUGUUUGCCAACACUUGUCAGAAUUACCACAGAUUUUUCAUCUGGCUCUGAUGGUUUCAGUAUGUUCCAGAUAAAUAUAUCCAAUCAUCUCAAGUAAAAUCUAGGAGACUGAAUUUUUUCUUCUGUUAAAAGAAUAUACUGGUUUUUAAUGUGGUUUGGGAUUUACAAGUCUGUGUUUCUCUUGCUUUUUAAAGCUGUAAUGGUAGUCUUAAUUUCAGAUCAAAGUGCUCCCAUGUUCUCCCUUUACAGCCUUGUUGCAGUGACUUUUUUGAAAACAAUACAACUGGAUAGUUUUGCUUUCAUGUGUCUGCUUUGGGUUUAUCUGCAGCCAAUUGGCAAAGUGACUCCUCCAAAGUGCAGUGCCUGGGUUUCUAAAGGGCUUGCUGAGCAGGGUGUGGUUUCUGUGUUCAUCAGCAUGCUCGCUGAGUGUAGCCUUCUGGGCUGUCAGUGGAUUCAGCAAUGUGUGAGCCCCAUUCCCCGGGACAGAGACCCUUCCCUGAGACUGAAAGACAGCGAUUGUCUGAUGUAAUAAACCAAAAGCAGGUCUGUAUAAUGGCUGUAUAUCCAUGGCAGUUGCUUGUCUCUCAGACUUUGGAUGGAAGCCUAUCAAGAGGUUUCAGUUAAAUGCCUUGUGGAGAAUUCACCUAGAUAAAACCAAAAUUAAUGCAUGCUAUUGUAAAGCACAGUUCUCUGCAUGCCAAACACAUUGUGCCUCACCCCAUCAAGUACUUCUUUUUCCUCCCAAAAACAAUACUGCAUUUUAAUGUUACUGGCAAAAUUGCUUCUAGAUAUAGAGCUAAUUUUUGAAUCCUCUUGAAAAAACAAGGAUAAAGUGUUCUGCAGUGAAAUCAUAUUUUAAAUAUGGUUAUUUUUUCUCUACAGACUUUUUGUAUGUGAUAACAGGAAAUAAAAUUUCUUAGGUCUACUUGUUCUCUAGGAUGAAUCAUGUAGGGAAUAGUUAAAUAAAGCUGACUAAUUCUUACUUUGAUACCUUUCUCUUCUUCCCUAUCCCAUCAAGAAGAACCAAAAGGGAAAAAAAAGAGAGGAAGAGAGAAAAUUAAAGGCAAUUAAGCAAGCAACUAGUAAUUCUGUUCUUUUAAGCAGAGAAAUUUUUGAACAACUCUCCGGAGAUCUUCAGUUUGCUUUAUUUCAGAAAUCCCAAAUAAGAACAUUUUCUCACAGAAUACAGAAGCACUGAAAGCAACCCCAGUAAUGAUGUAAUCAUGAUGCAAUGGGCACAGAAAGCAGGACCAUUUUGAUCCAACUCUGUCAUAGAAAUGGAGCCCAGGUGUAACACUGUGACGCAGCAGGAAAGGACACCCAGCUACCCUCUGAGGAGAAACUUGUGUUGGUCCCACCCACUGGAUGACAGCCAUGGAAGGAGUGGGUGACACAGAGAGUAGGGAGCAAGGAGACUUGAAAAUUUUCUCCAGUAAGUCCAGACUGAAAAUAUAAGGUGGAAUGGAAAGAAAUAAAAGCAGUGGUUUUUGGACUGCUUGGGAAAAUUCAGGUUAUUGAAGGUUUCUUACAGAUAGUAAUUAGCCUAGGAACAGAAAACAACCAUUUUUGUAUUAACUGUGUGCUUAUUGAUUAGAAGUGCAGGAGGAGAAUAUUUUCCAUGUGUUUAUCAGCCAUUGGACAAUAGCCUUUUUUUGACAAGGAUGCAGGAAGCACAGAGUCAUUCCUGGAAGCAUCGAGAUGAAACACUUGCACUGGAAAGAGGGGGAUAAAUGCCAUUGUACAAAUUGCUGUUAUGUCCUCAGGCUUAUCUCGCUGUGGGGACUGGAAUAUCCUGUGACAAAUGAAGGGUAAGAGCAAGCCUGUUAGCCAUCUAUGAGACAGCAGGGAGGGGUAAAAGCCAGACAAGAUCAGCAGAAAAAUGAGUAGAUGUAAAUAGUUCAUGAAUAAAUGUUGUCUAGAAGUUGGAAGAAGGUUCCUAAGGACCAGUGGGACAACUGUCUGGAACAGCUCCAAACAUAAGCUCUGAGAGAGGGGAAGUCCUAAGUGAUUUAAAGAGGGGGUUUUCCACUUAAGAGAAGAUUUGUAUAAUAAGCUACUCUGAAAUAGGCACUGGGGUGGCUGAAAGUCCCUUCCAGUCUUGUAUGUCCUCAUCUCUUCAGUGGGGCCUUCCAAGGCCCAUCUUGCUCUCAUUUCCCACCAUCUGAGAGUCACGAUACAACUCUCUCACCAGACCAUUAACUGCUGCACAGCAGCCACACUCAUUGCCUCUUGAUUUUGCUUUCUGAGGGGCUUCCACUGGCAUCAGUGACCCUUGCAGGCUAAGAAGCUUCAAGGUCCAGCCUGAGCUGCACCACACUGCACUGGGGGCAGCUGACCAGGGCAGCCCCCAAGAGAGUUGGCAGCAAUAAGAUCAGAUUGGGCUAAAACUACCAGCAGAGCAGAAAAAGCUGAACUGGGAUGAGAAACCAGCAUGGUCUCCUUCUUCCUUUUUAAGAAGAUUCUGUUGCUAUGGCAAUUUUCUCUUCUCCAAGCUCAUUUUAUGAAAGCAAGCCCUAGAGUGGAGGACUGAAUUCAGCUGUUACACAAAGUAGCAAUUAUUCUCAACAAUUGGGGAACUUACAGCCUGGAUCUGAGCCACAGCGCCUUUCUCAUGAAACUACCAGGUCACUUUUUCCAAGACCUUUGACAUUCUGUGUUGUGAGGCACAGAAGGAUAUAUUCUUUAAAUAGGGUUUUUUGCAUACUGUGGUAUUUGGAAAUAUGUAAACAUUCCCAUUCCCUAUUUAUUCAUCCUGACACUGAGAAAUCAGUGUCUAGUUCCCAGGCCCCAAGCCAGAAGAGGCUUGUGUUCUUCAGAGAGGUGGCAAUACGAGAUCAACUUGCUGGGCCAAGGAUAAAUGCUGAUCCCAACCCACUGUCUCCCAUGCUUUCUGACCAACCCUGUGCUAUCAAUGCCAUCAUUACUUGCUUGUCACCAGAGCAGAGACUACCAUUGUAAAAGAUCAUUACGCAAAGAUAAAAAUAUAAGAGUGUUUAUAAGGACUGAAUCUCUUUCUAGCUCAGUAACCCACCUUCAGCAGUGACUGUGAGUAAAUGCUAAGGUAGAACAAAAGGAUAGUUCCCUACCUCUGUGCUGUUUUGGAAUCUAUUUUCAGCCAAGGGACUUUUUGAGCUGUGUGUUUUCUGUGUAUUUAAUAACCCUUGGCAGAUUCCUUUUCCCUGAAAUUCCCUGUCUCUGUUGAUCUCAUAUGAACUUCCAGUAGCUAAAGCAUAUGUCUGAAGAGUUUUGUAGCCUUAGCAGUUCAUUAAUUUCUGUCUCUCUCUUCUUCAUUCUAGAAUGUUAGAUUAUUACCUGGCUGCCUUUAUUACUUGAGUAUUAUCAUUAGGUAAUACUUACAUGAUUUGUUUAAGUUUUAACUGCUGUAAUUGCCAUUUUUUAUCACCUGGUUUCUAAUGCAACAAAUGCCUGUUCAGGUAGUGUAUUGUCUCCAGCGUCAUUUUCAGUCUUUCCAAGAUAACCUUUCUAGUUAAUAAAUAUCAGAAAUUCUUUUCAUUGCACAUUCUUUGAAUACCAAAGUGGCUACUUCAAGAGUGCAAACAAAUGGGUAUUUAUUUUGAGUUUGGGAACAAUGUUUGUACAAGAUUACGUGCUUUUUCAACAUUCUUUUUCAUUUUUAAAACACAUUUUUUGCAAUUUAUAAUGAAUACAGGAUCUCUGUUUAAUUUAUUGGCAAAAUUUUUACUGACCUCACCAAAACAGGAACUGUUCUGUGAAUUUAGUUCAUAAGGGACAAAAACAAACUUAGAAACCACUUUUCUACUUUGUGUCUCAGUCCCGUCUGUUUAAUGGGAGUGACGAAACAGACUGAACUCACAGCUCGCUUUAAAGAGAAAUCUGUCCGUGUCUGAAAUAGGCAGUGAGAGCUGGCAUGGAAGACAGAGGGAGUGUGAUGUGAGGCCAUCUCCCCUCUGCCUGUGUCCUGGGCCAGCACGGCUGGCACUGGCAGCUCUCCUGCCACCCAUCCUGGGAUGUUCUGGUGUCACAGCAUCCUGCCAAGAAGGCAUCAGGAUAAAUGAAAGUUAGCAUAGAAAGCAUUUUUCCUGUUUAGGAAUGAAGUUAACUUGCUUGUUUAAACAUAUUUUU